AGAUGCUGGAAUUUGAUGCCAAUGUUUUUUUUUGGUCCAGAAAAUCUGUGCCUCUACCAUUGAAAUGGUUUGCUGUUGGACAGUGCUGGCGAUAUGAGAGAAUGACAAGGGGACGACGACGUGAGCACUAUCAGUGGAAUAUGGAUAUUCUUGGCGUGCCUGAAGUUACAGCUGAAGCAGAACUUAUUUCCUCUAUUGUCACCUUUUUCAAGAGAAUUGGAAUCACAGCAUCUGAUGUUGGAUUCAGGGUUUCUAGCCGAAAGCUUUUGCAAGAAGUAUUGAGAUGCUACUCUAUACCUGAAAAUUUGUUUGGCAAGGUUUGCAUUAUCAUAGACAAGAUUGAGAAGGUUCCAAUUGAUGAAAUCAAGAGAGAGUUAAAGUCUAAUGGGUUAUCAGAAGAGGCUAUUAAGGAGCUAUUGCAAAUCCUUUCCAUAAAAUCAUUGAUGAAGUUGGAAGAAAAACUUGGAGGUGCUUGUGAGGCAAUUGCUGACCUGAAAAAGUUGUUCUCACUUGCUGAAGAGUUUGGCUAUUCUGAGUGGAUUCAAUUUGAUGCAUCCAUUGUCCGUGGCCUUGCAUACUACACUGGUAUUGUAUUUGAGGGUUUUGAUAGAGAAGGAAGACUGAGAGCCAUUUGUGGUGGUGGCCGAUAUGAUCGAUUACUCUCUACCUUUGGUGGGGAUGACAUUCCAGCUUGUGGCUUUGGGUUUGGUGACGCUGUCAUUGUAGAAUUGUUGAAGGAGAAGGGGCUCCUACCUGAACUCAGUCUUGAAGUAGACAACAUUGUCUGUGCUCUGGAUGAUGAUCUACAAGGAGUAGCAGCUAGAGUUGCUACAUUACUUAGAGAUAAAGGCCAAAGGGUUGACUUAGUCUUGGAGAGUAAACCACUUAGAUGGGUGUUCAAACGUGCUGCUCGGAUACAUGCGCAGAGGCUGAUAUUGGUUGGAACUACAGAAUGGCAAAAUGGUAUGGUUAGUGUAAAAAUCCUCUCAUCCAGUGAGCAAUAUGAGAUUAAACUUGAUGAAUUGGAGUGAAAAACAUUGUUUUCUGUAGCAGUUGUGUGUACCUAUCAUGUGUAUAUAGGUUCUAAUUUUGUCCCUUAUAAAUUAUAACUAUGAUUAGGUUCGAAUUUUGUUGAUUCAAUUAUUUUCUCCUGCUAAUCUACUUGUGGACUGGAGAUAUUCCAAGAUAUUAAAUUAUUAUCAAUAAAAAUUUGGUUAUUCUUGAAAUGAUUGAUGUUGUCUUCUGGAGACUUGGGAGAAAUAUGUGGAAAUGAGGAAAACUGAUUGCCAGCGAGGAUCAGAUAUAUUUGGUUAUUGCUACUAAGUACUAUUUAUUGGUCUUAUCUAUCCAGUUUUCAGGCCAAAAUUACUUGUAUUAUAAACUAAAACCCCCUAGUAUAUUUCGCUUUUCUUUAGACUGGGGGAAAGUAGAUUGAGUGGUUGACAGUUGAAACCCACCCUGAAGCAUUGGGUUCUCCGUCACUAAUUUUCCAAGUCCCCAAAACAAAGUUCUGGGACCACUGGUCAAUCCAACUUUAGCAGUAAUGUAUAGUGCCAGCUUGUGGUUAGGUUAUACAGCGAAAGAUUGAGACCCACAUCAAACAUUUGAUUCAGCAGGCUGAAAAAGUUGAAGAAAGAAGCUUCAGAUUUACACAGCAGUCUUCAAUUCAAUUCGUGAGAAACAACUUUUAAUUAUGUUUAGUCAACAGGGUAUGUCCUUUCAUAUUUGGUCCCAUAUACUUUCCGUGAAGCCGAAGCUUCCUGUGAAAAGGAGCCUCCCCUCUUCCCUGGCCAAAAUUGAAGUUCUGUUUGGUUUUAGUUUUUUUAUGAUUGUGGAAUUCAAAUUAUAUUUUCUCCGUUUUCAAAUCAAUGUCAUGCUAAACU